GGUGUUCAACAUGGCGAUGUCGACUAGCGGAUCUCUCUCUAUUUCCAUGGCUCUUGUGAUGUUUUUGGCGGCGUUCGGGUUGAAAGGAGCUGCUGAGAUCAUUCCAGUGCAAGGGCAGAACCUGGUGACGGACAAUGUGUCGGUGGUGGAGGGGGAGACAGCUACCAUCAGCUGCAGGGUGAAGAACAACGACGACUCAGUCAUACAACUACUCAACCCCAACAGACAGACCAUCUACUUCAGAGACAUGAGACCUCUAAAGGACAGUCGUUUCCAGCUGGUGAACUUCUCGGAUAACGAGCUGCGCGUGUCUCUGUCCAACGUGUCCCUGUCGGAUGAGGGCCGCUACGUGUGUCAGCUGUACACAGACCCACCACAGGAGGCCUACGCAGACAUCACUGUACUGGUGCCACCGGGAAGCCCCAUCAUCGAGUCCAGAGAGGAGGUGGUGAGCGAGGGCAACGAGACGGAGCUCAGCUGCAUGGCCAUGGGCAGCAAACCCCCAGCGUCCAUCACGUGGAUGAAAGGGGACCAGGAGCUGCAAGGUGAGUCUACGGUGGAGGAGACGUACGACCGGAUGUACACGGUGACCAGCCGCCUGACUCUGACCGUGUCCAAGGAGGACGACGGCGUCCCUGUCAUCUGUGUCAUCAACCAUCCCGCCGUCAAGGACCUCAUGGCCCAGAAGUACCUGGAGGUGCAGUAUAAACCGGAGGUGAAGAUUAUAGUGGGAUAUCCCGAUGGGCUGACCAGGGAAGGAGAGAACCUGGAACUCACCUGCAAAGCCAUAGGCAAACCUCAGCCUCACCGCAUCAACUGGCUGAAGGUGGACGACGACGUUCCUUCCCACGCGGUGAUCACGGGCUCCGACCUCUUCAUCGAGAACCUCAACAAGUCCUACAACGGCACCUACCGCUGCGUGGCCUCCAACUUGGUGGGGGACUCCUUUGACGACUACAUCCUCUACGUCUACGAUGCUCUCACCUCAACCCCCCCACCCACCUCUACUUCCAUCAUCUCUGACAACUCCCAAGACUCCAGAGCUGGAGUGGGCUCUCCACAGAAGAUCGACCAUGCUGUAAUCGGGGGUGUGGUGGCCGUGGUGGUCUUCAUCAUGCUCUGCCUCCUCAUCAUCUUAGGCCGCUACUUUGCCAGACAUAAAGGUACCUACUUCACACACGAGGCCAAAGGCGCGGACGAUGCCGCGGACGCCGACACCGCCAUCAUCAACGCGGAGGGCGGCCACAGCAACUCGGACACCAAGAAGGAGUACUACAUCUAA